UUCCCGGCCUCUGCCUAUGUCCGGAGCCACUUUGGCUCUAGCCUCACUUGCUGAAGCACGAGGUCCCGAUCGCCUGUUGCCCCCCACCCUUCAAGUAAGACUUCGGCUGCCGUUCUUGUCUGACGAGAUGGCGUGCUUCAGCUGCUUCUCUGGGCUCUUCUCCUCCGCUCGUCACAGCGGCGCGGCCGCGCAGCCAGAGAAGCUGCAGGAAGACCUGCGCGACGGGUGCGGCGCUGUCGACGGGGCGCAGGUGCUCCUCACGGAGCCCGCGGAGGCAGUGGCAGCGGCACCAGCCGACGAGGAGCUGGACAGCGCGGUCGCGGAGGCGCCGCCGACGGCAGCCGAGGCCGACCCCGAGCGCCUGGCCACGCAGAGCUCCUGCAUGGGCACGGCCAGCAUCCCGCCCGCGGCGCCGGAGACCGCAGCGGAGGCCCUGGCGGCGCCGGCGCACUUCGAGGGCUCGGACGCGGAGGACGGCGCGACCGGCCGGGCCGCGAAGGGCUGCUGCGUGCCGCGCGCGGGGCGCCGGCGCAACAGGGGCGCCAAGGCGGUGAAGCGCGAGGGCCAGGAGGCCACCCCGAAGGUCGCCGAGCAAGAAAACGCUCACAAGGCGGUGAAGCACGAGGGCCAGGAGGCCACCCCGAAGGAGGCCGACUCGGCGCACGAUGGCAGCCCCGGGAUCACGGGCAGGACCACGGCGUCGGCGGGUGCGUGAGGACAGAGCUGCCAGCCACCGGCGCUGCAGCGGGACGGCCCCGUGCAUCUCUUGCGCUCGCAGCGCGAGGUUGGUUGGCUGGCGAUGGGGGAUAGGGCUGAUAGGGCCUCCCAAGUGUGGAUGCAGGCGUUGCCCGCUGGCGAAUCGUCGCGCCGCUGCGAACGAAAAGUGUGUGUCGGUGUGCUUCGAUCCUCCCGAUAGGACCAGGCGGCUGCAGGGCGCGCAAGUAAUUAGUUUGGCCUCUUGGCCAAAGUGAAUCAUGCCUUCAUUCUAGAGCGUCAAGUAAUGUAUCAUAUUCUUCCUGUCCAGGGCUGGGGUGACCCCAACCUGGUGGGCAGAUACAUUGUCAUGCAUGUGCUGGCAGGCGUGGAAUGACCACGUUCUGCUCGCCACUUACGUACCCAGUGCUCUUAGGCUGACCCCCAUCGAGGGUUCAGGGCCGAGAGUGUUGCGUACGAGUGUAAGUCAUCUUUGCACCCCGAGAGGGCCUCGCGCAUCGCGCAUCGAAGCGUCGGUCUCGGACAGGAUGGAGAAAGUGAAUUUGAUCCCAAUGUCUGUCGAUGUUGCAUUGUUGAAGUCUGCAAUGAUAUGUCGAUAUGUCGCGCAACGUUGCGACUUGGUAUGCCAUACAGUGGUAGGCUAUGGCUUGCCACGCUAUGCAAUACCAUGAUCAGCAGCCAGUGUAUGGUUUGCAGUGCGCACCCGUGUCGUGUUUGGCUCAGCUACCCGUGUCAUGUUCUAGGUUGUGCUAUCAAUCUUGCGGCAAGGGACCCAA